AUGGAGAUUGAGAGGAGGAGUUUUCGUCUUUUUACUGUAAUUCUCAUCUUUUCUUUCCUGCAGGAUCCGGCUACUGCUAUUAAAAAGUCUUAUGUUGUGUACCUUGGUGGUCAUUCUCAUGGGCCCCACGCCACUGUGGAAGACUACAAGCGAGUCACAGACUCUCACCACGAGUUCUUGGGUUCCUUUUUGGGAAGCAAGGAAAAGGCCCGCGAGGAAAUGUUUUACUCAUACACCAAAUAUAUCAAUGGCUUUGCUGCAACUUUAGAAGAGGAAGAAGCAAAACGGAUCUCAAAACAUCCUGAAGUUAUAUCAGUAUUUGAAAACACGGCAAAGAAAUUGCAGACAACGAGAUCAUGGGAUCUAGUUGCAAUGGAGAGAAAUGGCAGGGUCCCCCCACAAUCAAUUUGGGCCCAGGCAAAUUUUGGCAACGAUACAAUCAUUGCAAAUCUUGACACUGGGGUGUGGCCAGAAUCUGAGAGCUUCAAUGAUCGAGGAAUGGGGCCGGUUCCAUCUAGAUGGAAAGGAUUCUGCCAGAAUAACACUAAAGAAGGGGUGCCUUGCAACAGAAAGCUGAUCGGAGCGCGGUACUUCUACAAGGGAUACGAAAGUGGAUCCGGGAUUAAGGUCGUCAACGGCUCUGCACGGGAUACCGAGGGCCAUGGCAGCCACACCCUGUCGACCGCCGCAGGUCGCUUCGUCCCCGGGGCCAACAUCUUCGGCCACGCCAACGGCACGGCCAAGGGUGGCUCCCCGCACGCGCGCGUCGCUGCCUACAAGGUCUGCUGGGGGGACUGCUACAACGCCGACAUCAUUUCAGCCUUUGAAGCUGCCAUCGAUGAUGGCGUCGACGUGAUCUCCCUGUCCCUCGGCGGCGACCCCACCUUUUACUUGGAGGACUCGGUUGCGAUUGGCUCCUUGCAUGCCGUCGCCAAUGGGAUCACGGUGGUCUGCUCUGCCGGCAACAGCGGCCCCAUUCCAGGGUCGGUGACCAACGUUGCACCAUGGAUCCUAACUGUGGGAGCUAGCACUAUCGACAGGGACUUCCUUGCCUUCCUCACUCUUGGUGACAAGACGCAGAUAAAGGGGGAGAGCCUUGCAUCAGAAGUGCUACCAGCAAAUAAGCUUUAUCCGUUGAUCAGUGGUGCCGAUGCCAAGAAAGCUAACGUUUCCGCCAGUGAAGCCGAUUUAUGCUACCCGGAUUCUCUUGAUCCCAACAAAGUCAAAGGAAACAUCGUUGCAUGCAUCCGUGGGGAUGUUGCGCGACUGGAUAAGGGUGCAGAAGUUCUGAUGGCUGGAGGCGCCGGGAUGAUCCUCAUAAACGAUAAAACGAAUGGAAACAGCUUGCUUGCAGAUCCGCAUCUUCUUCCAGCUAUAAUGAUUACUUAUGAAGAUGGUUUUGCACUACGCAAAUAUAUGAACUCUACCAAGUCACCCGUAGCUUACAUUUCAGCCCCAAAAACAGAACUAGGAGUGAAACCGGCACCAAUGAUGGCUGCGUUCUCUUCUCAAGGACCCAAUCUCGUCUCACCUCAAAUUUUGAAGCCUGAUGUCACUGCACCAGGCGUGAGCAUUCUUGCUGCCUUCACGGGAGCCACAAGUGCCACUGGCCUAACCUUGGACAAUCGCUACGUCCCAUUUAACUUGAUGUCCGGCACAUCCAUGUCAUGCCCCCAUGUCUCUGGUGUUGCUGGUCUCCUCAAAACACUUCACCCUGACUGGAGUCCUGCUGCUAUUAGAUCAGCCAUCAUGACCACAGCAAGAAGUCGGGAUAACACAGGAUCACCAAUGAAAGACUACGGCUUGGCCAAAGCUACACCAUUGGAAUAUGGUUCUGGUCACAUACGACCGAACCGUGCCAUGGACCCUGGCCUGGUCUUCGACCUCAACUUCACCGACUACUUGAGCUUCUUAUGUGCUUUUGGCUACAAUUCAACCCAGUUGGCUCAAUUCAAGAAGGGUUAUCAAUGCCCAACUACUCCUAUGAAUUUGGAGGACUUGAAUUACCCUUCGAUUGCAGCUCCUAACGUUACGAGGACUCUUACUGUGACUCGCACCAUGAAGAACGUUGGAUCACCUGGGACGUACAAGGUCCGAGUAGAACCUCCUUAUGGGAUAACCGUGACGGUGAAGCCGGAGAUCCUCAAGUUUGAUAAGGUUGGGGAGGAGAAGGUGUUUGAGGUCACUUUGAAGUCACAAGAAGGCAGCAUUGGUAGAGGAUAUCAAUUUGGAAGGUUGAUAUGGUCCGAUGGGAAGCAUUAUGUGAGAAUUCCUCUAGUGGUGAACGCCUUUGCGUGAGGUUGUUGGCUUGAUGGAUCCAUAGGAUUUCCUCUAUGUUUUCUUAGAUUUUUCUAGGUGUAAGCCAUGUUCCUCAGAGAGAACAGGGAAAUAGCGUCAUAGGUACCGUUCAUUUAAAUUUUCUUAGCAGUUGAUAUUAGUGUUUAGGUUGACAUUGUUUCAGUUGGUCACUUGAAUUAGUUGCCAUUUCGGCAAUUCAAAAGCAUUAAAGAAUA